AUGGUGUUCAUCCAUGGCGGCGGUUUCGUCAGCGACAGCAGCAUCAAGUAUGGCGAUGUAGGCAUCUGCGAGCACCUGGUAUAUUACAAUGCACCAAAGGACGUGGUCGUUGUCACCAUUCAAUACCGUCUCGGGCUCCUCGGCUUCUUGUCCACUGGAGACGAGCACUGCCCCGGAAACUUCGCACUUUGGGAUCAAACCCUCGCUCUUAGAUGGAUCCAGGAAAACAUUACUUUCUUCAAUGGCGAUCCGAAUAACGUGACAGUCAUGGGCCAAUCUGCUGGUGGAGCCUGUGUCGAUCUGUUGAGCAUCUGCCCUCAUUCGAGAGGUCAGUCAUUAGAGCAAUUUCUG